CCGACUCACCCCACCCAUCGGCUUGUCCCUGCCUCGCCUUUCUAUGCCAGCCGCCCUCACUCCCCCAUUCCUGCUGCCCCUACCUCGUUGGAAUGAACAUCAGUUUGGCCUUCAUGUCUAAUCGAUCGGCAUAUAAGCCUUGAAACGUAUCUGGAGAUCGAGGGAAGCAACAGUUGGUUUCUUGAUCAAUCCACCGAGAAGAACAGAGGGUUUUGUGAGCAAGGAAAGCAAAAACUAGAUUCAAGGUGUCCGAAGCGCAGAGCAAAGCAGAGGAAGACUGAGAUGAUGAGUGGGAGACUGAGAAAUGUGGCGGCGCAAUGGAAGAGCAUGGCAAAGGAAGCAGUAGAUCGAACGCUGGUAGUAGCUAAGUUUCUUUGCUUCCUUCACGUCACCAACACCUACGUCUGCACCCCUUGCCUCGUGCACGGCCCUAGUAUGCUUCCCACCUUGAACAUCACGGGCGAUGUGAUUUUGGUGGAACGAAUAUCGACACGUUUAGAAAAGGUAGCUCCUGGAGACAUUGUCCUCGUCCGCUCGCCCGAAACCCCUAGAAAACUUGUUACAAAGCGGGUCUUGGGAAUGGAAGGCGACCGUGUCACCUUCGUCGUCGACCCCAACAUCAGCGAUAGAUACGAAAGCGUCAUUGUGCCUAAGGGGCACGUUUGGAUUCAGGGGGAUAACAUAUAUGCCUCGCAUGAUUCACGGCAAUUUGGGCCUGUUCCUUACGGUCUGCUCCUAGGCAAAGCUUUUUACAGGAUAUGGCCACCUGACGGUUUUGGAUCACUGGGACGAGGAGAGUAGCAGUUAUUAUACAUUGAAGGACCAAAUAUGCCAGACUGCAUUUGGAUGAAACAGAAGUUUAAUCUGCAGGAAGGUGUCUUCUUUUGUUGAUUUUCAAACCCCAGUGGGGAGAAGAAAGAAGAGGAAGCUUGCUCAGUGUACAGGACCAAUGCCUGCAAAGAAAUCUUUGGGAAUUCUCUUUGUUUAUCACUUUGUUAGUUCCUCUGCUGAAAUAGUCAAUACUCCAGUAGUUGCAGAUUUACCAUGGUUCAACUUCACAUACAAUUCAAUUCUUAAAAUUUAGACUCCCACAAUAACCCGGAUGGUUAUUCUUUGCUUUGAUGUUGUAACUAAAAUUUUGCAAUCUUUGAAGAUUCUUCUCUCCUAUUUUGUAUUUUGUUGCUCAAAAUUUUUGCACUUUGGAGAGGACGUGUUUAAACCAUACUCACAUGAAUACAUUGCUUUGUUGAAUAUGAGUUGAAAGGUUACUUGGUGAA